GCUUGGUAUUUCGUUCUGGUAAAUCAUCAGUGUUCCCACACAGUCGUCAGAAAUAAAAGAUAACCAGUUGUGGCAAAGGUCUAUCGUCUCGACUGAACUCUCAUCACAAGCCAUGCUCCUCACACUGAGUGUCCUCGUCGUCACCCUGUCUUCUGCUCUGGCGGCGACAAACUGCUAUGGAGACAUCAGGAACCUGCGGCCCACUGGCAAGAGUAACGGAGGUGUGUCAGCAUCCCAGGCAGCGGUAAACGCCAGAAUUAAAGAACUAGAAUCUCUGCGAUCGUGUUACGACCAAGCGGCAGACAAAUAUUGUAUCCAGGCCAGUGUCAUCGGAGCUCUCGCCAGCCGGGAGUCUGAUGGCGGCGCCUCUCUGACUCCUGAUGGGUAUGGCGACAGUAGAAAAGCUUGGGGAGUCCUGCAGUGUGACCUCAGUAAAUCAAAACUUCCCUGCUUGGACUGCGGACCUCGAACUUGUUGCCACAUCGACAUGAUGGUUGGCAAGGUUCUGAUUCCAUUCAUCAAAGAGGUCUCCACCAAGUUCCGGGGAUGGAGCGCUGAACAGAAGAUUCAGGGUGGUGUGGCUGCCUACAACUUCGGUGUGACCAAUGUUCGAAGCUGGGAGGGUCUGGACAAGGGCACCACUGGAAACGACUACAGCAAUGAUGUCAUGGCUCGUGCACAGCGCCUGCAGGCAUUGGGGUGGUCAUAAAAUUAUGUUCAAUGGAGAGAAAAGUAACGCUGCAGACACUUCCUGGCAGUUAAUGUUCAAAGGCGAGAACAACAUUGAUGUGAGCAGUUUUUGGAAUUAAAUGUUUAAGAUGGAGAAAAAUCACGAUAUGAGAAACGUUUUGGAUAUUAGCAUUUAAAUAUUCCAGAGAGAGAACAAUAAAAAGAGACUUUUCUGGAAA